AUGGAUGCGGCAGCAUUCACCCUAGCCGAGAAGGUGACUUCUCUGGGGAAGGACUGGCACCGGCCUUGCUUGAGAUGCGAGAAGUGUAACAAGACCCUGACGUCUGGAGGCCAUGCAGAG